AUGCCUGGAGAGGAAUGGUUUACUAAUUUUAUGGGACGGCAUCCAUCUCUAAGUGAGAGAAUGUCUCAGAACAUUAAAAGAGUAAGAGCAGGUGUUUCAAGAGACACUAUUUCAAAUUAUUUUGUCGAGCUUGAAAAAUCACUUGAAGGCAUUCCAUCAUCUAAUAUCAUAAAUUAUGAUGAGACGAACUUUACAGAUGAUCCUGGCAAUGUGAAAGUGAUUGUGAAAAGGGGGUCAAAGCACACCGAGCGCAUAUUAGACACUUCUAAAACCAGCAUCAGUGUCAUGUUUGCUGGUGCUGGUGAUGGAACAAUGCUUCCACCUUAUGUUAUCUAUAAGGCAAAGCACCUGUAUCCAACGUGGGUUGAGAAUGGACCAGAUGGUGUGUGCUUCAACAGAAACACAAGUGGCUGGAUGGACCUUGAGAUGUUUGAGGAGUGGUUCCAGAGAAUUAUUCUUCCCUAUGCAAGAAAACUUACUGGGGAAAUUGCCCUGAUUGGUGACAAUCUCUCCAGUCAUAUCUCCCUUGAGGUCGUUAGAAUGUGUGAGGAGAACAAUAUAAAAUUUGUUCUUCUUCCUCCAAAUUCGACCCACAUCUGUCAACCUCUAGAUGUGGCAUUUUUCCACCCUAUCAAAAAUGCAUGGAGAAAGGUGCUUGGAAGUUGGAAGGAGAAGAAUAGGGGAGUGCUCCCAAAAAGUGUAUUCCCAUCUCUUUUAAGGGAAACUAUUGAAUCAAUUGGACUCACAUGUGCGGACAAUAUUCGGUCGGGCUUCAGGGCGUGUGGGAUUGUUCCCUUGGACAGUGAUAGGGUCUUGAAUAAAUUACCUCAUGACCAUGAGGUUGAGGAAGGUGCCGACGAAGAUGAGGCCGGUGAAAGGUGGAGUGAAUCGUUCACAGAGGUUCUAAAAAAAUUCAGAGAAAGUGACCAACCACCAACUCAACAGGGGCGCGGAAAAAGACUGAACAUUGUUCCAGGGAAGAGUAUAUCUGCUUCUGAUGUGGCCCCUGGGACAAGUUCAUCAGGAGGACAGCAGCAGCAGUCACCACCCAGAGAAGAGGAAGAGCCUGUUGAGCCGAUUGAAGAGGAACAGCCUGGUAUUGAAGAGGAACAGCCUGGUGAAGAUACAUCUUCAGUGAAUUACAGUGUUGGGGAUUUUGUAGUGGUGAAGUUCUCCACAGAGAACUCCUCAAACUUGAGAUUUUGGGUGGGGAACAUUGUAAAAAUAAUUGAUGAAAAUCUUCUAGAAAUUUCAUUUCUAAGGACUAGAAUUUUGCAGAAGAAUAAUUUUUCAUCAUUCUCAUCAUAA